AUUUAUUAUUAGCGCCAAGUGUGGUUCUUCCUGGUUAGGAGCACGCUCAUGGACGUGAAUGAAGUCAAGUGUGUUUUGGUAAAGAAUAACAGCAAUGUUGCAUUCAAAAUUUUUACUUUUUUCGAUUCAGAAGCCCACAACUAACAGGAAACUCAAACUCAUUAAAUGGCUACAAAGCAAAAAUUUACUAGCAAGGAGAGUAAAGUGCUCAAGAUGUGGCCAUAAUAUGAGAAUGAAGAGAGCUACAUCUCGAAAUCUCGACGGUUUUCAUUGGAUGUGCAGACAUAAAAGUCAUCGAGGCAAGAAAACCAGCCGAUCAGUGCGAGUCGGGUCUCUCUUCGAGAGAUCAAAACUCAGCUUGUCAUCUUGGCUAAUAUUCAUUUACAGGUUUGCUCAGGGAUUGCGGAUUAGACAAAUUGAUAUGAUGCAAGAUGGCAUUGCAAAAAGUUCCAGAACCCUCUCUAAGAUGGCUCGUAUCAUGAGGAAAGUUUGCCACUGUGCUAUAAAACGAUACAGACGAAGACAUGGACAAAUGAUUGGAAGUGCUCGAGAAUUUGCUGUUCUUGAUGAAAGUAACUUCCGUCAUAAACGAAAGUAUGGACGAGGGAGAGCAUCAACAACAUGGAGGCGAAAAAAAUGGGUCUUUGGCAUGCUAGGUGUGAGGGAUAAAUGCAGACACCCAAUCUUGCGGCUUGUGAAAAGAAGAUCAAGACCUCACCUAAUCCCCAUAGUUGUAAAACAUGUGCGUCCAGGCACUACCAUUAUUUCAGAUGAGUGGAGAGCCUACCGGGGGGCUUUGGCCAAUAUGGGCUACAAACAUUUUACAGUGAACCAUUCCCAGUGGUUUGUAGACCCACACAGUGGAGCUCAUUCACAACACCUUGAAAGAGCUUGGUUGACAUACAAAACAAGUGUAUGGAGACUAAGGGGGAACAGGACAGAGAAAAUGCUAAAAGAGCACCUCUCUCUCAUAGAGUGGACUCAUUGGCUUGGUGAAAAAAAUAAACGGGGGCCACUUGGGCGCCUAAUAAAAGAUAUUCACCAUCAAUUUCCUGUUUAGAGGACAACACACUGAACUUUUGAUUGUGUUUUAUGUAAUAUUUAAGUAAAAUACAAGUUAACUUGUCCUCUUGAUUUAAGGUGCACUGAUAUUUAAAAGCUUUGUUUAAUAAAAUGUGUAUUUUACCUUUUUAA